CGGCAUGGCUCAAUGAAACCAGAAGGAGGGAUUACAGCUGUCUGCCUGCGUCACUAGUCAAGACCAGGUACCAGGGUCACACCCGCCCUACUCAGCUGAACGUACAUUGACCCCGCCUUUCAACCGUCAGCCGCAAGUCGCGCAACCGGCACCGGCUUUCCCCUCCAAGAUGGGCUCGCCUGCCCGGCUCACUUCACUUCAGAAAUUUCUUUCCAGAACAACAGGCAGGGACAAAGAAAAACCCAACCAAGACUGAUUUUGAUGUGACGAUGGCCAACCAAACCCCAUACUUCUUCUUCGCGCCCACGUGGGACUACCCGCCGCCGCCCGCCGGGCCCAUCCAGCUGGGCAACGUGCUCACCUCGCUGCACAAACCCGACCAGCCCCUCUUCACCGCAUCCCCGCCCGCCGAAUCCGAGGUCUUUGCCUCCGACAAGACCGGUGUGACCUUCUCGCGCGAGCGCCUGCGGGCUGGGAAAUUCGGGAUCCUCACGCAAUUUCUCUCGUUCUUGGGGGUGGGGGUUGAUGUUGGAGGUGGGUGGGAGAGGAGCGACGAGGAGACCUUCCGUUUCGAGACCAUCACCACCUCGCAAUUCGUGCCCCGAUCUAGCUACAUCCAAGAGAAAUGCAUUGACGCCUCCCCUGUGGUACAGCGGUGGCUCGAGCGAUCCCGCUACAGGAAGCCGCUGUAUCUCAUCGUGGGGUUGAAGGUGGUCCACGGGGCGAAGGCGGGCCGGUCGCGGACCGGGCGGGAGAUCGGCGGCAAUCUGGCGGCCACCGUGGACGGCACCGUGUGGAGUGGCGGCGUGGUUCCGGUGGCUGGGGGCCCGGAGUUUGAACUCACCCGGUCCAAGAAGGUGGGUAUGGACUGGGAGAACGGGGGGGAUUUUGUUCUAGCAUUUCGUGUCAAAAGGAUCAAGGUGGCAAGGAAGACGAACGAGGUGCGCGAGGUGGAGGAUUAUGGCAAAGGGGCCAUGCUGGGGAAUGAGCCCGUAGCACUGGGAGGAUCGCGGGGUAUUUUUGUUCUUGAGGAGGACGAACUGGAAGUGGGCGAUGAUGGGGAAGAGUGGACAGGCAUGCAAAUGACGGAGGGAGACGAGCUCAUUACAGUUGGCGUACCUCGGCUGGAUGGCGCAGCAAGUCUCCAAUGAUUUACCGGCGGAGUAUAUCGCGCAGUGUAUGGUUGAUGAACUCGGGGUCCUUCCCAAAUAGAUUAUCGGAAUAAAGGCUCAAGGCCAUAAAAUGGUAGUCAUCGCGGGCUCGCGAGUCCAGGCUCUUCUCCGCGAUCUUCCGCAGCACGGCUUGCAUUUUCGACCGUCGUUGCAACAGGUACGCAUGCUCGGG